AUGAAUUUAAAGAAUACUUCUCUGAUGAGCUUUGAUGUUGCAGUUAAUCCUUAUAAAAUUAUCUAUGGCUUGAGAACACACUGUGUAAAGUCACUGUGUAAGAGAAGACUGUCUGAAGUCAUCUUGAGUAAAAGCAGACUGUGUGACAUUACCCUGUGUAAGAGAAGACUGUGUGACAUUACCCUGUGUAAGAGAAGACUGUGUGAGAUCACCCUGUGUAAGAGAAGACUGUGUGAGAUCACCCUGUGUAAGAGAAGACUGUGUGAGAUCACCCUGUGUAAGAGAAGACUGUGUGAGAUCACCCUGUGUAAGAGAAGACUGUGUGACAUUACCCUGUGUAAGAGAAGACUGUGUGAGAUCACCCUGUGUAAGAGAAGACUGUGUGAGAUCACCCUGUGUAAGAGAAGACUGUGUGAGAUCACCCUGUGUAAGAGAAGACUGUGUGACAUUACCCUGUGUAAGAGAAGACUGUGUGAGAUCACCCUGUGUAAGAGACGACUGUGUGAGAUCACCCUGUGUAAGAGAAGACUGUGUGAGUUCACCCUGUGUAAGAGAAGACUGUGUGGCAUUACCCUGUGUAAGAGAAGACUGUGUGAGAUCACCCUGUGUAAGAGAAGACUGUGUGACAUUACCCUGUGUAAGAGAAGACUGUGUGACAUUACCCUGUGUAAGAGAAGACUGUGUGAGAUCACCCUGUGUAAGAGAAGACUGUGUGAGAUCACCCUGUGUAAUAGCAAACUUUGUCAGGUCACCUUGUUUAAGAACACAUAA